AUGUCUUCACCAACCCAUUAUCUUAUUUCAGCGCCAGGCAAAGUUAUAUUGUUUGGUGAGCACGCAGUUGUUUAUGGAAAGACGGCAAUUGCUGGAAGUAUUGACGGACUUCGCACUUAUAUACUUUUUGAAAAGAGCGAUGAUGGUCUCUUAGAAUUGAAUUUACCGAAACUUGGUCUUCACCUUCCUUUAAUAUGGCCGAUUUCUGCUCUUCCAUAUUCCAAGGUAGCUGCGGUUAGCAAAGCUACAGAUAAUAAUUCUUCGCAAGAAUUAGCAUUUAACGAGGAGCUUUUAAAAGAAUUAAAACCAAUUGUUCUUGAUGGCAACGCUAAAAAUAAAGAUAUUCAAGAAAUUAAUGAAUUACAACAAGUGGCGGCUUCAGUCUUUCUUUACCUUUACACGAGCUUAGAGGAUAAACAAAAUUCAUGGUGUGGGAUGAAAGUUCACGUCACUUCCGAUUUACCAGUGGGAGCUGGAUUGGGAUCAUCCGCUUCUUAUUCAGUUUGUUUAGCUACAGGAUUAUUACUUGCUCUAGGUCAUAUUCCUGUUCCUAACUCUAAUGAAGGAAAUACAGAUACUAGCUUUUCAGGUUAUUCUUCUCCAAUGAACUUAAUAAAUCGUUGGGCAUUUCAAGCCGAAAAGGUGAUUCAUGGUAUUCCCUCAGGAAUUGACAAUGCAGUAGCUACUUAUGGUGGUGCAGUAUCAUUUACAAAAGGUGAAAUGGAAAAUGUGAUAGGAUUUCAAUUACUUCGAUUCCUAUUAACUAAUACGAAAAUAUCUCGGGAUACUCGCGCUCAAGUUGCUAAAGUUCGCGUGUUAUAUGAUAAACAUCCACAUAUUGUCGAUCCUAUAUUAGAAGCCAUUGAGGUGGGACAUUCAUCUAUUGAUCGAGUAAGAGAAAUUACCGCACAGCAUUCAUUACAUUCUAAACUUACUGGAGCUGGGGGUGGAGGUUGUGUAUUAACUUUACUUAGAGAUGAUAUUACAAGUGAUGAAAUAACGAAAAUAAAAUCGGCUUUAGCAUCAUUAGGAUUUGAAAGUUUUGAGACGCAAGUUGGAGGAAAUGGAGUUAGCGUGAUUGAUUCUUCAGUUACUAUAAGUAAACAAGAAUUUUUAUCAUCCGAAAAUAUACAACAAAAAUUUUCUGUUUGGAAGCAUUUUACCUAA